AUGUCUGGACGCGGCAAGGGUGGGAAGGGCCUGGGCAAGGGGGGCGCGAAGCGCCACCGCAAGGUGCUGCGCGACAACAUCCAGGGCAUCACGAAGCCCGCCAUCCGGCGGCUGGCCCGGCGCGGCGGCGUGAAGCGCAUCUCCGGCCUCAUCUACGAGGAGACCCGCGGGGUGCUCAAGGUGUUCCUGGAGAACGUGAUCCGGGACGCCGUCACCUACACGGAGCACGCCAAGCGCAAGACGGUCACGGCCAUGGACGUGGUGUACGCGCUCAAGCGCCAGGGCCGCACCCUCUACGGCUUCGGCGGCUGAGAUGACCUUAAAUUGUCGCACCUAUUGCCCAAAAGGCCCUUCUAAGGGCCAC